GUGCUUUCAUUGGUCAGCUUCUGCUCCUUGUUUUAUUUCCGGAACUAAGUUGUUGUCAGUGUCAGACUUUCAAUAAGGACUGUCAAAUAUCAAACCCUAACUCUACAGCUGCGCAACCACAGGUGUGUCUCACCCACAGGAUGGCACAUUGGUUUCACCGAAACCCACUGAAGGCCACAGCGCCCGUUUCCUUUAAUUUUUACGGAGUGGCAGGGAGCCCGGCCGCCAAUAAGAUAUGCAAUGACCUGAGGACAACCAGGGCGAGACUGCUGGAGAUGUUCACUGAUGUCACCUGCAACCCUGAGAUCAUGAAAAAUGCCACGGAUGCAUACUUCUCCCUCCUCCAAGGAUUUAUCUUAUCCUUGGAUGGAACUACACAGGAGAACAAGAUGAGGUUCAUCCAGAACUUCAAGUGGACUGACACCUUACAAGGAAACGUACCAAGUGCCCAGCAGGAUGCAGUCUUUGAACUGGUCUCCAUGUCCUUCAAUGUAGCCCUCUGGUACACCAAGUUUGCCUCGAGACUAGCCGGGAAAGAGAACGUAUCGGAGGCUGAAGCGAAAGAUGUUCACCGGAGUCUAAAAGUUGCUGCUGGUAUAUUCAAAACCCUCAAGGAGGCCCAUAUCCCUCGACUUAUCACCCCGGCUGAAAAGGGCCGAGACCUGGAACCCAGAGCCAUCGAUGCAUACAUCAUCCAGUGCCAAGCAGAGGCGCAGGAAGUGACCAUUGCCAGAGCGAUUGAACUGAAGCACAACGCCACACUCAUCGCAGCGUUGGCAUUCGAGACGGCAAACUUCUAUCAAAAAGCUGACCACAUGUUGAACACCUUGGAGCCAGAGUGCAGUAGCAAAUGGAGGAAGUACUUUCAGCUGAAGCAGCACUUUUACAUGGCUUAUGCAUACUGCUAUCAUGGCCAGACACUGCUGGCGAGUGACAAGUGUGGCGAGGCUAUAAGAUCUCUCCAGGAGGCGGAAAAGUGUUACUCCCGUGCCGAGGCCCUGUGUAAAGAGUAUCGUCAGACCAAAGGCCCGGGCACCACAGCCAAACCAUCAGAGCAGCUGUUCUUCCUCAAACUGGGCGGCCUGAUUAAAAACACACUGGAGAAGUGCCAGAGAGAGAAUGGCUUCAUAUACUUCCAUAAGGUCCCGGUGGAGCCCCCCCAGCUGGAGCUGAAGGCGAGCUACGGCCUCGCUGAGCCGGUCCCCUUCGAGCUGCCGCCGCUCAGCGAGCAGUGCACUGCUGAAGUCUACGCCACCUUCGACCUGACCAAGGGAGCCAAAAGCGACAAGGCCAGACCCAAGGAGGAGGAGGUGAAACCCAUGAAGGAGCCGGAUCUGAAGCCUCAGAAGGACACCGGCUGUGUUCUCUCUUAAACCUUCCACAUUCCAAUUUUCAGCCUCAUGCUUCAGCACCAUCUACUGAAGAAAAGAAAAAAAAUCCAUAUAUCUUUUUUGUGUAAAUCCCAAUAGGAAAAAUGUUUUUUUUUUUUUUUUUGCAACAUGAAUCCAUGGUGUGUUCCAUCUAUGCUGAAAUGUGUAUUGUAUUUGCAUCUAAGCCAGAGCCAGGCCUCCUCUUAACAACACACAGAUUCUCUUCAAGUAAACUUAAAAAACAUCUUAAAAGAAGCAAAGUUCUUUCAGGCUAUUGUUAGUAACUAGUAAAUGCAUUUCCUGCAGAAAAUGCGUGUGAAUGCUGAAAAGCUGUCACUACACUGAGUUGCUGUUUUAAAUGUGUUCAAAGAAGUCCAAGUGUAUGAAAGAUGUGGAACAUUUUAGGGUUUGAAAUGCAUACUGUAUGUGGGUAUGACAGAGCCAGGCCUCCUCUUAACAGCACACAGAUUCUCCUAAAGCAUUUUUAAAGAUGAAACCUUUCAGGUUAUUGUUAGGAGUAUGGACUAGGUUUUUACAUGGGGCUAAUUCCAUUGCAACUAUAAAUAAGCCUUUUGGUGAAGUAGUCCUAUAAAUGGGGCCUUUGCUGCAAUGUAAAGCUGCUCACUGUGGCCUCCUACAGAGGGUCUACAGGGUUUAAAACCGUUUGGCACUGGAGGGUUCUGGUCUGAAUUUAAAAUGACCCAGAUGACAAUAACUGGCCUAUAAAACAUGGUGAACAUGGCCUCAGGGUAUGAAUCUAA